ACGAAUGUGACGUCGCUUUUACAAAAUGCGGAUCCGAUUUCACAUUCGACCUGCAAUGGUUUAGCUUGGAUAAUAUCUCGUAUUAUACACAACGCACUUCAUAUGUAUAACUUAGAGCCGUCUGAGCUGAUGCAUUAGAUGAUAACGGAUACCCGACGCGGAAAAUAAGCGGUUUAAUAACAUAGUUAAUAAUACAGGGGAACCACUAGCUGUAGCUAGCAGGCUAAUCCUGUUGUACACGAGAAAAGGAAAGUGAAACAGAAAUCGCCUUACACUGGACUCUCCGGACACGUUCUGCAGUGAGACCCGUUUAUCAGGUUUGUGAGCACAUCUUUUAAGUCAUUCGCCUGAUAUCUGACCACAAUUUAAAGUAGAAUAAUGUGAUCCCAUGCCCGAAUGAAUGAUUUACUCGUCAUGUGGUGGUUCUAAUUAUUAGCUGUAAAGUUAUAGCAUUAACAUACUUGAGAUACAGGUACAUGCAAACCCUCAAUCAUGCAUGGCAUUUCAUUCUGGUUCUACCAGGAAAUAACAAACAUUAACUUGACAUGAACCCGUGAUCGAAGUAGAAGGCACAAAAGGGUGAACUAUGUAUCCUAUGUUGUAGUUAUCAACUUUAUAUCGUCAUGAUCCAGGUGUAUUCAGAGGAAUGCACUUCUUAAGUUCGGGCUGUAGUUAAGUUGGAGAACCGUCCAGAUGAUCCUCGGGGUCACCGGACUCAGGCUGUAGAUCCGGUGGACUCCCACACCUCGGGGCUUUCUAAUACGAUGGGGAGCUGUUGUUGUCAUGCCGAGACUCCCUGCGCAUCCCUGGAGGAGAAGAGCGGGUUGUUGGCUGGAAAGACCGCCGCGCCCCCUGAAACGGGAAUAGAAGGUGCUUUCCCGGACAGCCCGACCUCUGAUGGGAGGAAAGCCAGCAUGGGUGAGAUCAAAGAGGGGGAGAUGAAGGAGGAGCAGAUCAAAGCGGAGGAGAAGACAUCAGUGACGGCGCAGGUGAGACAGGGAGAAAACACUCCCAGCAUGCGGCAGGAGAACGGCGUGGUCCAGAAGGAGAGCGCGUGUACGGAAGACGUGGCCCCUCCCACCCGACAUCAGAGCAGCGCCGGUGGACCCCUGGACCCCCAGCUCCAGCCGCUGCCCGCCGCUGAAGCCCCAGAUGUGGCGGUGACGGGAACAGUCGUCGUGGCAACGCCAGAGAAGCAAAGCACAGCAUCGGUGGCGGAGGAGAGAUGUUCCCCCCCCAGCACUUCACAGGAAGUCACCGACGCACACUGUGAAGGAGAGCGGAGGAACUCUCCGGAGGGUCUCCGGAAGGAAGAAUCGCCAGAGUCCCUGCUUCCUGCUCUAGGGGGCUUCUCCCCCCCGAAGAUCUCAAACACACAGUUGCUCUCCCAGCCGCCUCCUUCCUCUCCCCAAACUCCAACCACCCGGGCUGUGAUACCAGAGCGGAAUUUGGAGGAGCACAGCUCCUCCCCAGACCUCCAGGUCUGUUCUCUGGAGCCCCAGGUCUGUGGGGAGGUGCCCGUCUGCAGUUUUGUGGAGCAGAUCCAUUCCCCGGCCCUCCAGGUCUGUGGUGACGGGUCCAGCCAUACUGUUCAAGGCCUCAGCAAUACUGUUCAUGACAGUUCCCUGGGGCCCCACUCUACUGGGCCCAGUGAUCUCCUGGAUCAAGAGACCGACUGCCCUGUGGACAGCAGGCAGAGCAAACCAACUCCUCUGGUGGAAGAUCUCCACUCUGACCUCCCGUCAGAGCUCAGGGCCACACCGACGGAGAUCAGGGCCUCACCGACGGAGCUCAGAGCCUCACCGAUGGAGCUCAGCGACCUCCCGUCGGAGCUCAGGGCCCCCAACGAGACCCUGGAGAAGCCCCCGGAGGAUGAACCCAGGCCCCUGGUCACCAGUCCUUCGGGGAGCUGGAUCGUGCGACCACCUGGGGGUGAACCAGGAUCAGUAUCAGCAGGAAGUGGUCGAUGCACAACAGGAAGCAGUUUGGAAAGGAGACGGGCAGGAGGAGGAGGAGGAGGCCGCCGGGCGGGGGAUGGGGGCUUCCAUUGA